GAUAAGGUAGUUGGCGAGCUGAGGCGAUUACUGCCAUGUGACUCUUUGCAGCUAGGACUGGGGGAUCGGGAUUCGGGACUUGCCGUUGCCAGGGGUCGGGAAGCAGCCGGCUUUCAUCGCACGCCCAAAGCACGUCGCCGUGGCGCAGUAUUGGUAAACUUAAAAUGUGGAUAUAUGUGAAAUAGCGUACGUAUCUCGAGCUAGAGGCUGUCUGCAAGGUCGCAGGAAUUACCGGCAGAAUUCGCGCAUGACGACCGCUCAAAGUCAAAACCAACAAGCAACUGGUAGCCGCUUGAGCCCAUCUCUACAAGCCGUUCUAGCAGGAUGUUGCGGUGCGGGCGCGGCUGUCUGCGGCAAGCUUGCGGGCGCGGCAGGAGCGGCGCUGCUCGCUCGACUCCUGUGCUACGUGGCUCUCUUUGCGUGCAAUGGCGCGGGCAUGGGCCUGUACCUAGCCUCGCUGCAGCGGCAGGCGUCCCUGCGAUCCACCGUGUACAGCAAUGCAGCAAACAUCAUAGCCACGGGCGUGUUGGGCCGCUUGCUGUACGGAGAGAGGAUAGGUGCCAGCUGGCUCUUGGGCGUGUGCUGCAUCCUGGUGGGGUUGGUGCUCAUCACACAGGCAGCGCCGCCGCCAGCGGCAAUAGCAGCAGUAGCAGCAGCGGCCGCUGCUGCCGCGCCAGCACAGCCGCAGCAGCAGCAGCAACCGCAGGCCGGGAAGCAUGCUGGUCAGGGCGCAACAGCGUCGGGGAUGGAUGGCCGCAAAGCCGGCAAGUCAGAGUAGCGGCUGACAGCUCCUGCGGCUGCAGCAGUAGCGCCGCCAGCAGCAGUGGCAGCAGUAGCAGCAGCAGGCAUGGGGGAGCUGUUGGCAGUAGCACGCGACAGCAGCAGGGGCGAGGGCAGUGGGUCGCUGCGCGGGGCUCCUCCACAGCGGCUGCGCCUGCCGCCGCAACCGCAACAGCGGGCGGCUCUCCGCCGGCGGACGCCGCAGCUGCCGCCACCUCCCCCUCACCCCCGCCCGUCGUGUCGCCUGCUACGUCCGCCCAGGCCGCGAUCAGCUUCAGCCGCGAGACCGCCGAGGGGCUAGGCCGGCUGGGCAAGCUGAGCUACCGGCUCAUCCUGGCCUACGACGGCACCGACUACUGCGGCUGGCAGCUGCAGCCGGCGGCGCCCACCGUGCAGGCAAAGCUGGAGGCGGCGCUGGGCACGGUGCUGCGUGAGGAUCGCGGAGUGCUGGGUGUGCGGGCGGCGGGGCGGACCGACUCGGGCGUGCACGCGCGCGGCCAGGUGGUCCAGUUCAACUGCGACCGCGAGCUGCCGGUGGACAAGCUGGCCUACAAGCUGAACGCCGUGCUACCGCCCGACAUACGCGUGAUGGGGGUGCGGCGCACGGCGCCCGAUUUCAGCGUCACGUGCAGCCCCAUCGGCAAGACGUACCACUACAACAUCACCAACUCGGAGGCGCACGACCCGCUGCGGCACCGCUACGCCUACCACGUGCGCAAGCCGCUGGACCUGGCCGGUAUGCGGGCGGCGGCGGCGCUGCUGGUGGGAACACACGACUUCACGCAGUUCAGCAACAUUGGCGAGGAGGGCGGGCGGCCCCGCAAACGCAACCCGGUCAAGACGCUGCGGCGAAUGGAUGUGGUGGAGCUGGACCCCGCGGCCUUCCCGGGGGGAGUGCGCAUCGAGGUGGAGGGCAACGGUUUCCUGUACAAGAUGGUGCGCCACAUCUCCGGCGUGCUGGUGGCGGUGGGCGAGCGCAAGCUGCCGCCGGGCAUUGUGUCGGAGAUGCUGGAGGUCGGGGACAACGCGCCGCCGGGCCGGCACGGCACGUACCGUGGCUACAACGUGGCGCCCGCCCGCGGCCUGACCCUGCACGAGGUGAUGUACGACCCGCGGGUGGACGACCCCACGGUUUUGCUGUACCCCGAGCUCCGGCACGACGAGCACGGCCGGCUGCUGGAGUCCAUCCCGGAUGCGCUGCGGUCGGAUGAGGAGUAGGCAGGAGCUAGUAGCUAGCAGGAGCUGGCGUACGAAGUGCUUGCUUGCACUGGGGAUGUGACGUGCUACUUGCUUGUGCACGCACGGCGGUGCGGAGCGCUGGAGGCAGGGGCGGGCCGUGUUGGGGCGAGUGUGCAGCAGCGUAUGAUUGCCUGGUCGCUAGAGCCGGCACUGGCAGCAUCAGCUCGCGGAGUGGGUCGACUUAGGGCAUGCACUGGUGGGGAGCAGUGCUCCGACUCUUCUUACUUCAUGAUUCGCCCGCCAACCCGCUCCAAGCCCGCACAGUGCAUUAAGGGCACGCCAGGGCACGCAUAGUACACCACAUUUUGCAACGCGUUUUGCAGAAAGGGUGGUGGUGGGUCCGCGACUGCGCCGAGUGGCUUGAAUCGCAAGCGGCGCAGACCCUCGCAGACAGCAACUGGCAGCAAGGGAGGUGGCAAGGGAGAUGCAGAGGGGCGCUGCUAGUGAUGCUGUUGUUGAUUCGAUGCCGCGACCCUACCUUCAGGCAGAGCCAUGUUCUGUAAAGGAGGGUUGGC